ACAGUGAAAGUACAGGGGAAUGACAUCUCCCACAAGCUGCAGAUUUCAAAAGUGAGGAAAAAGGAUGAAGGCUUGUAUGAGUGCAGGGUGACCGAUGCCAACUAUGGAGACCUUCAGGAAUACAAGGCACAGGCAUUUCUCAAAGUCAACGCUAACAGUCACUCUCGGCGAAUGCAAGCCUUUGAGGCAUCUCCAAUGUGGUUGCAAGACAUGAAACCUCGCAAAAACAUCUCAGCAGCUGUUCCAAGUAGCAUCCAUAACUCUGCCAAUCAACGUGUGCGUGCCACCUCCAGCCCUGAAGCAGCAGCCAAAAUCCUCAAACAAAGUCCACAAUCAGGUGCGAGGAUAGCUACAAGCCAUGGACUUUCUGUCCUGCUUCUUGUUUGUGGCUUUGUGAAGGGUGCUUUGCUUUAAUCUAAAAGUGCUGACUUUUUCCAAUAUCACUUUCUCUUCUUAAAGCAAAGAGCAAAUCGCCUGUAAAAUCCACGGAGCGGACAGCAAAGUUGACCCUAACCUCCAACCACCACUCUGCACCCAAUGUACUCUAAAUCUCUACACAAGGAGCACCUUCUUCAGGAAGUACAAAAAAAAUACUAAAUAAUAAAUAUAAU